AUGGCGUCCGAAUCCUACAUCAUCCACGAACCCUCUCCGUCCGAGAAGGACGAAGUCGACAGCCUCCCCUCGAUAUCAAGCAGCGCCUUGGACUCGGACGAUGACGCGCAGGAAGAGUGGGACAGGAGCCUGGAGCAGCUCCAGAUGCUUCUCACCAUGAUCAUAAUACCCUUCGCUGGCAAGUUCCUCGGGCGGAAGUUUGCAUACUGGAGCUGGGGAAGAUAUAUGGAGUGGGCCCACGAUGUCGAAAUUCGGUGGACAAAUAAGAGGGCUUUCAAUGCUGCUGGCGCCGCCGAGGCUGCCAUGACACUAUGA